UUCACUGAUCUUCAGAUCGUCGCUCUGUUCGCCGCGUUCUGGGCCUCACUACACACGAUUGGUCACUGCGUAAACUUCUACCACGUGGCCACUCAGAGUCAAGAAGGACUCCAUUGCCUAUUCCAAGAGGCGGUCUUCGGGUCUAAUUUCCUUCCAUCAAUCAGCUAUUGGUUCUACGGAACGAUCACCGGUCUGACUGGGAUACUGCUUGUCGCUGUGAUGUCAAUCAUCUACGUGUUUGCCCUUCCGUGCUUCAUGAAGAGGGCAUAUCAUGCAUUCCGCCUGACCCAUCUGCUCAAUGUCGCCUUCUACGCGUUGACUGUGCUACAUGGGCUGCCGAAAUUGCUCGAUUCACCGAAGUUCUGGUACUACGCGAUCGGUCCGGUGAUAAUUUUCAUAAUCGAUCGAAUCAUGGGAAUGCGUCAAGAGUACAAGAAACUCAAAAUCCUCAACGCUGAACUAUUGCCAUCAGAUAUCAUCUAUCUACAGUUCAAACGACCGCUGUCGUUCUCGUUCCGUUCUGGUCAAUGGGUUCGCAUUUCGUCGCCGGCUUUCUCCUGUGCAUUCAAUGAGUGUCACGCCUUUUCCCUCGCUUCUGCACCUCAGUCUCCUACACUUGAGCUAUACAUCAAGGCUGUGGGCCCGUGGACAUGGAAGAUGAGAUCGGAAAUUAUUCGAGCACAAGCUAGCGGUUCGCCUUAUCCACUUGUGCAUAUGAAUGGUCCUUACGGCGACGGAAUAACAGGUACUCCUUUGACAAAAUUUUGGCAAACUCUAGUGUACUUCCUCUGGAUCUGUCCUACACACAAAAACUACGAAUGGUUCGUGGACGUGUUGAAAGACGUUGAGGAAGCUGGAUCAAAACAAUCUGCUGGAGACGCACAUCUUCGUCACGCAGUUCUUCCACAAAUUCGAUCUGAGAACCACCAUGCUCAUCACUAUAAGGUACUUGGUCGCAUGCAGUACAUCUGCGAGAAGCACUUCCGUGGUGAUCAUCAGGGCAAGUCGAUGUUCACCGGCCUUCGAGCACACAAUCAUUUCGGUCGUCCAAACUUCGACGCCUUCUUCUCUCACAUACAAAGUGUUCAUAGUGAUAUGCCCGAUAUCGGAGUGUUCAGUUGCGGUCCAUCGCAGCUCAACGACCAGAUCAGCUCUGCCUGUGCUCGGGGCAAUCGAGCACGAGAUGCGCCAUCAUUUAUACACAAAUUCGAGACUUUCUAA